CUCUUUCUAAGCCGGCUCGCUGUCAGGUAGGACGUGUGUUGUGUGCUGUGAAAUUCAUUGGUAAAUAUCUGCGAAGUGGCUGUUGUUUGAUCGUUCUUUUGUGAAUAGAUGCGAGUCUCCAUUUAAAUAUGUCAUUUCCUAGCUUCUAAAAGGUUGUUGUUCGUUUCGGUUAUUGAGAUUUGUGACUAGUUUUGCGGGCUUGUCCGGAGGUGCUGUGCCGGCUCCGCAGGCUCUUUCAAGUGAUCCUGGCUUGUCUGGCUCUUAAUAAUCCUGGAUAUUGUCUCUUGUGCUGGUAGCCUACACAUUCCGCCACCAUGGGAAAGGAGAAGACCCAUAUCAACAUUGUGGUCAUCGGCCACGUCGACUCCGGAAAGUCGACCACCACCGGUCACCUGAUCUACAAGUGCGGUGGCAUCGACAAGCGUACCAUCGAGAAGUUCGAGGCUGAGGCCCAGCAGAUGGGCAAGGGCUCCUUCAAGUAUGCCUGGGUGCUGGACAAGCUGAAGGCUGAGCGCGAGCGCGGUAUCACCAUCGACAUCGCCCUGUGGAAGUUCGAGACGUCCAAGUACUACGUCACCAUCAUCGAUGCUCCCGGCCACAGGGAUUUCAUCAAGAACAUGAUCACCGGUACGUCUCAGGCCGACUGCGCCGUGCUGAUCGUCGCCUCUGGUGUGGGCGAGUUCGAGGCUGGUAUCUCCAAGAACGGCCAGACCCGCGAGCACGCCCUCCUUGCCUACACCCUGGGUGUGAAGCAGAUGAUCAUCGGUGUCAACAAGAUGGACACCACCGAGCCGCCGUACUCCGAGGCCCGCUUCAAGGAAAUCGUCUCUGAGGUUUCCACCUACAUCAAGAAGGUCGGCUACGACCCCAAGACCGUGGCCUUCGUGCCCAUCUCUGGAUGGCACGGCGACAACAUGCUGGAGGCCAGUGACAAGAUGCCGUGGUACAAGGGAUGGGAGACCACCCGCAAGUCCGGCUCUGGCUCCGGCAAGACCCUGCUGGAGGCCCUCGACAACAUCGAGCCGCCGACCCGCCCCAGCGACAAGCCGCUGCGUCUGCCCCUGCAGGACGUCUACAAGAUCGGCGGUAUCGGAACGGUGCCCGUGGGCCGUGUCGAGACCGGCACCAUCAAGCCCGGCAUGAUCGUCUGCUUCGCCCCGUCCGGUCUGACCACUGAGGUGAAGUCCGUCGAGAUGCACCACGAAUCUCUGCCGGAGGCCUUCCCCGGCGACAACGUCGGCUUCAACGUGAAGAACGUCUCCGUCAAGGAGCUGCGUCGUGGCUACGUCGCCUCCGACUCGAAGAACAAGCCGGCGACCGGCUGCGAGGACUUCACCGCUCAGGUCAUCAUCCUGAACCACCCCGGUCAGGUGUCGGCCGGCUACACGCCCGUGCUGGACUGCCACACGGCCCACAUCGCCUGCCGGUUCGCCGACCUGCAGCAGAAGGUGGACCGCCGUACCGGCAAGGUGACUGAGGAGGCCCCCAAGUCGCUCAAGUCCGGCGACGCCGCCAUCAUCAAGCUGAUCCCCAGCAAGCCGAUGGUGGUGGAGACCUUCACCGACUUCCCGCCGCUGGGUCGGUUCGCCGUGCGCGACAUGCGGCAGACGGUGGCCGUCGGUGUCAUCAAGGGAGUCACCCCCAAGGUGGUGUCCGGCAAGGUGACCAAGGCUGCCGAGAAGGCCGGCAAGAAAUAGGUAUUUGCCCCCCACAUGGAUGCCACUUGUGAGACCGCAGGUGUUUGCUCUCCGUACCGUAAGAAGGGAUGCAUUUCGUUCUGUGUCACCGCCUGGCCAUUUGGCGAGAAAAAGCUUAACUGUUCGUUUUCUCUGUCUCAGUGGCUUAUGUCGCAUUGUCACCGCAAGGAGUUCCGGAGGAAAAGAGUAUGUGGAAACUAGCCCAUCAGUUUUUUAUCGACUGACCCAUACUCUGCUAUCCAUGUGAUUGUGUCACCUGGGCGUAUAAAUAAACCUAUGGACAAUACCGGG